GGAAUGAUGAAGAAGAAGGAAAUGGGUAUAGAAUGAAUCUUUGUAAUAUGAGUUACAAGUCUCCUAUAAGGAGUAUAUAUAGGGAAAAUCCGGGUCUGGGCCUCUAAUAUGGGCCUGACAGACCCGGUUACAUAAAUGGACUGAUAGUAUAAAAAGCUAAUUUAGAACAUCUGAAUAAUAAUAAUAAUGUACAAUAAUAUUAAUGAUAUCUGCUAAACGUGUGUGGGCCGCUGUCCAGGCCCAGUAGUCGGCAUACCGAGGGGUCGGAGUCCAUAUAAUCCAUCAGGAGUCCUCCAUUCCCUGAGUCGAGAGUACUCGAGGCGAAAGGGAGUAGUCCAAACUGUAUCUGCAACGUUCUUCCUCUUCGGCCGGGGGACCACCACCCUUGUCCAUUAUGGGGAGGUGCCUCGUUAAAAACCUUUACUAGGAAAAACCCAGUGGGAAAAAAUCCUAAUAAAGGGAAAAAGAGUACACCUAGCGCCCCCAACAUGAAAUAAGGAAGGUAAAUCCUCUCUGGCAUAAUCAAUCUAGCUCAGCUCCUCUUCAACUGACUCAGCUCUCGUUCCUGCUCUUGCGUGAUGUUUUCUGCUCAUCUAGAAACUCUGACCCCUCAGUCCCCCAGUCCCCAUUCUUUGAGGCGAGUGGAGACGAUGUGAAAAUGAGUAAAGUCAUCUUCGUACCUACACAUUUAUCAUACAUAUAAAAUUUUUUUCUUGGGAUUUAUGUUCCCGAUCGGGAGUUCGUCACUUGAAACAAGUGGAGAUGUGAAUGGUUAAUGUAAUGAUAAAAUACUUAGUAGAAUGGAUGUGUGAGCCAUUCGUAAGCAACGGUCGCCACUCGAGGAAUGACUAAGACCGGUCUUCGUACCCGACUUGGUCGGGGUUUUGUCUUCAUGCCCAACUUGGUCGGGGCUUUGUGCCUGAGGAGACAGGGCUUUGUGCCUGAGGAGUCAGGGCUUUAAAUCCUAGUGAUGGGUCUCAAGCCACACUCUACUAGGUAUUUGAUCAUAAGUGCGUGAUAGUGUGCCAUUUAUCGACAAAAAAUGAUUUAAAUAAAUAUAAAUAAUGUUAAAAUUAAAGUGUACUUAUCUUUUUGAAGUGGACUGAAAUCUAGAUAGUUUGGGCUGAGAUAUGUUGCUUAAACUGAGGCCCAUUGAAACCACCUUGAAAUAGAAUAUCUUGGGCCUAUCUCUUUUAACCCAAGCUUGGCCCAACUUCAUUAGCUUGGCAAAACAAAAGCCACUGAUGUAGCGUACGUCGUAGGAGCACCCUAACUAGGGAGAUUCUAGUGCCAAAUCCGCAUGCUAAGGAGAAAGUAUCGACGUCGGCGAAGGGCAGGACCUCUCAUUCGUCGCGGCAGCUUGAGUUUAUCUAGCUGAAUCCUAGCGGGAGGCGGCUGGCGACGUAGUGAGCAAGUUGCAAGCGGCGCUGCAAUGAUGGUACAUAAGAGACCUGCUGGCUAGAAGCCGGCAAAGCGAGCUGUGACCAGAGACCGGCGAGGUGACGGCGCGACUGCAAACGGCGUUUGGCGGCGCUGCGACUAGAGCGGUGGGGGGACCAUUGCCGUUUUGAGGUCGUCUUCCCUUCCCGCCGGCCAUUAAUGGCGGAUAUGCUAAGAUCUGGUUUCUGCAAGGCUUGUUCUCUCUGUACAGGGUCAGUUCUUGCGGACAAAAAUAGUGAGGAGCGCCCAACGAUGACUGACGGCGGCCACAGCUCCAAGUUUGGUGGAGUCCAUCAAGGCUGCGACGACCAUAACUUGGAGCAGCGCAGGCAAGUUCGGCAGCAACGGUUUGCGAGAUCUGCAGCAACGGAAACAGAAUCUGAACUGAGCUUCAGCUUACUAUGGACGGCGGCGACCAAGAUCUGGAAAUGGGUGGGGAGCUCCAGCGGGCGGAAAACUUCUGCUAUGGCGCGUGACGGCGGCCGGAGCGGUGAUGACAUCUCCGGUCAGGUCUGGGAUGGGAGUAGGUGACUUCCUACAAGCAGCGAGUCUCAGCUAAUGAUGCACGGAGGCGGCGCGGUUGUCAGCUCCGGUUGCUGCAGCAGAAAUUUGGGAAAUGUCAGAUUCUUCGUUUCCGAUCCGUUCUUGCUGGCAUUUUUCUUUUUUUCUUUUAUUUUCCAGAACAGUUUCUUGCUGAUUCUUUGUGGUUUGGGUAAAUUUUUUGGGUAAUUUGGGGAGGUUUUCUCACUUGAUUGUAUUCAACCUCUCAACAAGAGCACCAUUGUUGGAUAAUUGAUACCCAUAAUCUAUAACUAAGAGAAAUUGAACAAGAAUGUAGGAGAAGGAAUGAUGAAGAAGAAGGAAAUGGGUAUAGAAUGAAUCUUUGUAAUAUGAGUUACAAGUCUCCUAUAAGGAGUAUAUAUAGGGAAAAUCCGGGUCUGGGCCUCUAAUAUGGGCCUGACAGACCCGGUUACAUAAAUGGACUGAUAGUAUAAAAAGCUAAUUUAGAACAUCUGAAUAAUAAUAAUAAUGUACAAUAAUAUUAAUGAUAUCUGCUAAACGUGUGUGGGCCGCUGUCCAGGCCCAGUAGUCGGCAUACCGAGGGGUCGGAGUCCAUAUAAUCCAUCAG